AUGACAGACAACACCUCCCAAAUCCCCUCCAUCAUGACCGCUUGGCUCUGGUCCAGCACAGCGGGCGGUCUCCAAACAAACCUCUACAAGUCCGACACAGCGUACCGCCCCGGCCAGACCCUACGCCCCCACCAAUGCCUCAUCAAAAUCUCGUCCACCUCUCUGAACCCAGCAGACUACAAAGUGCCCGAGGACGCACCGUCCUUGCUCUGGAAAUGUGUAGUCUCAUCACCGGCAUCGCCCGGCAUGGAUUUCAGUGGAGUUGUAGUCGCCACCGGCGCAAAAGUGACGAAUGUCAGGAUUGGGCAGCGAGUGUUUGGAUGUUUGCCUUUACCGCGCCAGUAUGGCACGUUGGCGGAGUAUUCGGUUGCGGAUGCCGGGCUUGUUGUGCCUGUGCCCGAGGGCGUGGAUCUUGAUGAUGCCGCGACUGUGGGGAUUGCGGGCCAGACUGCGCUGCAGGUUAUCAAGGGACAGGUCCAGUCUGGGGAUCAUAUUUUUAUUAAUGGUGGUUCGGGGGGUGUGGGCACAUAUGCCAUUCAGAUCGCGAAGGCAUACGGAUGUCAUGUAACAGCUACGUGCUCGACACGGAAUGUUGAGCUGCUCAAAAGUCUCGGCGCCGACGAAGUCCUUGAUUAUACGACAGUCGACGUUGUCGAUUAUCUGCGAAAACAAGGGCCUUUAUUCAGUCUGGCCCUAGACAUGAUCGGAAAACCAGACGAUAUGUAUCGCGAAAGCCACAAUUUCCUGCUUCCAGGCAAACCAUAUGCACAGGUUGGGAAUGAAUCUCAUCUCUCGACUGCAGGACGGCUGAUCACCCCGCGCAUUCUGGGUGGUGGACAGCGACCAUAUCAACUCGUCUUCUUUAAGAAUAGGUAUGAAGAUAUGAAAGAGAUUGCAGAUUUGAUGCAGGAUGGCAAAGUGAAGCCGGUUAUCGAUACGGUGUUUGAGUUUGAUGAUGCCGUCAAGGCCUUUGAGAGGUUGAGGACGAACAGGGCUAGAGGGAAGGUGAUUGUUAGGGUUGCUCCUAGAGUAGAGUAA